UUAACAUUUUCCCUUUUAUAUAUAGUAUUUUUUUAUUUUAUUGUGUGGCUACGCACCGCCUCCAUUUCUUCUAUAAAUGGACUCGUACCCAAACACAAUUUCUUCAUCAAUUUCCACUCUCGAAAUCAUCUCCUAAAUCGUAAGGCGAUCGGAUCCCGGUUCGAAAGUAAAAAUCCAACAAGGUUGAUGGUUGAGGUAGACAUUACAAUUCCAUCUGCUUUUGACCCAUUUGCUGAGGCCAAGGACUCGGGGACCAAGGAAUAUGUGCAUAUUCGCAUCCAGCAGAGGAAUGGGAAGAAAAGCUUAACGACAGUGCAGGGGCUGAAAAAGGAAUUCAGCUACGAGAAGAUUCUGAAAGAUCUGAAGAAGGAGUUUUGCUGCAACGGCAACGUGGUCCAGGACAAGGAGCUGGGCAAGGUGAUUCAGCUGCAGGGCGAUCAGCGCAAGAAUGUCUCGCACUUCUUGACCACUGCUGGCCUCGUCAAGAAAGAUCAGAUCAAGAUUCAUGGCUUCUAAGCCUUAGAUUUUGAAGCUGCUCAUGUUUUAUUUUGUUUUUUUUAUAUUUUGAUUUGCUACUCUCCCUUGAUGAUCAUACUCUAUGGGGUGUUUGCUAAAUUGUACUAGUAUCUGCGUUUGGUAUUUAUCUAAUAAUAUAAGUUCUACUUAUUUACAAUUAA